UAAGAUUGAAGACCACUAAAAGCAGUCUUUCUAUAGCAGGUUCGAAGUUGGUAUAGAUUGGUACUUCCAUAACAAGCUUUAUUACAAUAUAAUGUAUGCACUCAUAAUUCACUUUCCCCUGCCUUAUUUUGCACUUGGCAUCUAUUUACCUUUGAGAGUCUUGGCCCCACUUCUGUUACCUUUUUUUAUAGCAAUUUAUUUUUGACAGAUUGGUUAGAAAUAAAUGAGAUUGCCACGGUUAGGUAGUUCCAGGUUUAAAAAGGUUCUCAAACAUCUGUCACUGAGCAAUCACUAACAAACAAUCAUAAAGUGACAUGAUUUAUAUGAAAAAUUAGUUUGUAUUAGGAAGCUUAGUUUUUGAUUUAGUCAUCUCUGAAUUUGGUUUAAUAAACCUGUGAGUGAGAGCCAGUGUAGGAAUGGGAAUGGAGCCCCAAUUCAGGCUGCAAUUGCAAGAUCUGUUGAGUUGAUCAAUGAGUUCCGGAUACUGCAAGUGUACUACUCCUGUCCCAGAUGGUAGUUUCACAGCCUUCCUUACUCUAACUGGUGCAUGUUUCACAUUUCAAGUCCAUUCAGGUUGCUCAAGAUGCAGAAAACCAGUUUGCUUUGUGGGAUUGAGAUUUCCUACAAAUUAAAUUGGCUUGUAGGUAGACAUGCAGCUGUGGAUGCACAUGGAUAGUAAUGGAAGCUCUUUUUCUGGGGAUGGGGUGCUAAUUUUGAGUCACUGCAUCUAAUGUAAUUUUUCUAGAUCCACAUAAAUUGGGAGUUGUUUUCUCUAUUUCCAGCCAUGUCAUUAUUUCUAGUAGAAGAUCAGUUCUUCCUAGAAGCUGCUGCUUCUUUCUGUGGUUAAUUGUAGUUCCAACUGUAUUAUUCUGACUUGAUAAUUAAAUUGCUAUGUUCUUAUUUUUGAACCUCUAAAAAAGAAACAUUUAUUCCUGAUUCUGUAAUUACUUGAGCGUCCCAAUUCAAAUUCUACCGUGUUAAACGAUGCAACUAUUUGCAGUUUGACUGGAGAAUACAGCUGAGUGAAUUAGUUGUCUUUCUACAGCUCUUUAACAUUUGGUCUUUCUGUGAUAGUAUUUCUCCACUUAUGGCAACUUCUUAGAGUGUGCAGUUUUUGAUUAGCAUUGCCUAAAUCCAAGUAAUUUGGCUUCAGAAGAACCACUAUUCAUUUUGGUAAUAGCAAAAGCCUUAUUAGCUCCCCUUUUAUAUUUACUUGGAACCUGUUAAUUGUAUUUCUGCUGUAGAGUUAAUCCUGUAAAGGAUGAUCUCAAGCAAUAUAAGCCUUUUUCAUCUUUUGACUCUGUAGUUCUGCGGUUUGGGAAUACAGGAACUGGGUUGAGGAAUAUUGCAAAACCAGAACACCCCCCCAGCAACUUACUGGCUUUGUCAUUCUGGUUUGCUCAGUCGAUACAGAUGGAGUAGAAAUGGACAACACCCUUUGAUCAGUGAAGAUUGUCAUUGUGGGGGAAUGGAUGGGAGCCUUGCACAACAGUAACUUGUGGUUCCUUUGAAGUGAGAAGGCCCUGGUUUUAGGAACAGUAAUGACAGCAGAGGAGCUUCAUGAGUCCACAAAUGACAUAUUAAAAAUAUCUGCCAGCCCUGAAAUAAAUAACACUGGUCAGAUAGUCAGGACAUUACACACCAGUGAAAUGCUUUGCUGUCAAGAUACUGAAAGAGCGAGCUGUUACCAGGAUAUAAACUUGCCAACAUGGGGAUAUCGAGAAAGAAAUCUUGAAGUAAAAGCCAAAAACCAGGAGUGUGAAAAGAUUGUAACUGCUCCCCUUAAAAGAAAGCAAGAUGUGCCUUUAUCUUGUUCAGAGAAAACAAGGAGAUUGCCUGUAAGAACCUACACUUCCUCACAUGAAAGAAGAUAUGACUGUACUUCUGGACAAUCAGAGUCUUCUGAAAAUUGCCCUUUUGAUGUCAGGAAUUUAGGAUGUGAAGAAAAAAGAGAAUUGCUGACAACUGUAAACCAGGCAGCAGCUUUUGUAACUACUAUGAUAUUUCAAGAUGGUUCUUCACAGCUCAACUCGGAGCAGGUCUUAACCUCAUCAGUAAAAGGAUUUGUUGUGUUAGUGAAGAAGCAGACUGGUCAACCUUGCCCUCCCGGUUACUCUUCAACUGACUGUACUCGAAAUGCUGCUAAUGAAAAUGAUAAAUUAAUUUAUUUGAGACUUGAAUGGCCAUCUCUUUGGCAACAAGCACAGCAGGCUCAUGAGAGAUUCACUUGCCAGGUGUUGUUUCAAAUGCUGCGUUGCAAAGUUCCAAUUAUUUGUUUCAAUGCAAAAGAUUUCCUGAGGACUUUACUUCAAGUUUAUGGUAAUGAAAUUAGCUGGAAACAAGUUGCUGAUAGUGUCGUAUUAGAUCCCAGGAUUGCAGCGUGGCUGAUAAACCCCAGCGACACAGUUCCCUCUUUUGAAUGUUUAAUCCAGAAGUAUUUUGAAAAUCCUUGUUCUAUGGGAACAGUAAAUACAGAUACAGGCACUUUGAGAAAUGCAUCAUAUCAAAACUUAGGUGUGAACUUGCAGAAGCUUUAUAAUGUGAUGAUGGACCUUGCUCGUGACUUACAGGUUCAAGGUUUGUGGCAAUUAUUUUGCACAUUAGAGCUUCCACUUCUCAAAAUUCUGGCAGUGAUGGAAACACACAAAAUACACGUGAACAAACAUGAACUGAAAAAAACAUCAGAGAUUCUGGGGUUGCGACUCAAAGAACUUGAACAGGAAGCUUAUCAAGUUGCUGGAGAACGUUUCCUUGUGACCAGCAGUAGUCAGCUCAGAGAGGUACUAUUCGAAAAGUUAAAACUGCAUACACUGUGUGAGAAAGUUCACAGAACUGAAAUACAACAACUUGUGUCCACCUCAGAAGUUGUGCUAAAGCAGUUGCAAGAUCUUCAUCCUUUGCCUAAGAUAAUUUUAGAAUACCGUCAGGUUCAUAAGAUGAAAUCAGCUUAUGUGGAUGGACUCCAAACGUGCAUGAGAAAGGGAUUUAUUUCCUCUACAUGGAAUCAGACAGGGACUGCAACUGGCAGACUUUCAGCCAAACAUCCAAACAUUCAAGGUAUCUCUAAGCAUCCAGUUAGAAUCACAAAGAAGCAGUACAUAAAAGGAAAAGAAGAGGAAAUAAUAACUUUUUCCCCAAGAACAUUGUUUGUGUCAAGGAAAGGAUAUACAUUUUUAGCAGCAGAUUUUUCCCAUAUUGAGUUAAGGAUCCUUGCUGACUUAUCAUCUGAACCAGAACUUUUGAAACUGUUCCAAGUACCUGAAACCACUGAUAUCUUUUCCACACUGGCUUCUCAGUGGAAGGGGAUUCCAAGUGACCAAGUGCAACACGCUGAUAGAGAGCAAGCAAAGCGUACAGUUUACUCAGUGGUGUAUGGAGCAGGUAAAGAACGUCUUGCUGACUGCCUGGGAAUUACUCCUCUUCAAGCCAGUCAAUUUAUAGAGAGUUUUAUGCAAAAAUACAGGAAAGUACAUGAAUUUACAAAGAGAACCAUUGAACAAUGCCGAAAUAAAGGUUAUGUGGUUUCCAUCAUGGGACGUAAAAGACCACUGGCUAAUAUCAAUGCACAGGAUUACAAGCUACGCACACAAGCGGAGAGGCAGGCGGUCAAUUUUGUCGUUCAAGGAUCUGCAGCUGAUCUUUGUAAAAUGGCUAUGGUGGAGAUUUUUACCGCCGUUGUUAUUUCUCCAACUUUAACUGCCAGGUUAAUUGCCCAGAUUCAUGACGAGUUGUUGUUCGAGGUAGAAGAUUCUCAAAUCCAGGAAUUUUCAGCACUGGUAAAAAGAACAAUGGAGUCCCUGCAGCAAACCACAGCCUUGGAAGUGCCACUAAAGGUUCCCUUGAAAGUGAUUCUUACCACUGGGAAAUCAUGGGGGUGUAUGACAGAAUUGCAGGAGAUGUAAAGCAGUCAUCGGGGAUGUUAUUCAGCACCCGUACACCUCAUUGGCCUAUGCUGAUUCCUCGUUGAAUCACUAGGCAACAGCGCUGCUGGAUCUUUCAUAAGCACCUAAUACUCUGCAUGUGAAUUUUUUUACUUCAUUUUGUCUGUAGCCCUAGGCAACGGCAGUGAGAUAAAACUGGUUUUUACCAGUUCAUUGUGUUUCCUUUAGCCAAGGUAACCAGCAGGGAGCUGCUUUUGUUCAGAGCUAAAUUACUUACAUGUAAGAAAUGAAGCAAGACUAUAUUAACCCUUUGGGAAUGUGACAAAUACAUUUGAGUUAGAGGUUUAGACUUACUAUUUUGUGAAGUGCUUGUGUAAAAAUACUUGUAAUCUGGCACCGUUUGAACAGUAUCAGCAAAUUCUUAAUGUUGUGCUCAGCUUACUUUAUAUUUUGUGAGUAGAAGGCAGCUGCUUGCUUUGCAUCACAUGUUAAAUGCCGCGUUCCACAGACUAAGAAAAAGAGUUCUUUGGAAAUUAAGAGUCUCCAAAUUAAUUUAUAUUUAGGAUUUUGGAGCAAAACAGGUAAACAAAUCUGGAUGCCUGAACACACUAAAAGCAACUAAGUUGUUGUCAAUUCACUUAGUUUCAAAUUCUAUUUGUACACUCUAGCCUCAGAAUAUUUUAAAAGAAGUGAAUUUUGCCUAAUCUGUUAUUUUUAUUACUGGUGCAAUGCUAAAUAUGGUUCACAUAAAUUUUAGGGUUCAGCCUUAUAUUCUUUUUAAGAUUCAGGCUUCUAUUUUAAUGCUUGGAUUUGCUAAUGAUAUUUUGGGUUUCUGUAGAGUUUAUUUUUCAAAUGAGUUUGUUUUGUAACAUUGCUGUUUGCCAAGUUCUGCCUCUGUGCUUGUAGAAUAUGAAACUGUCCUCAAAGUCUCCUAAUUACUUAGAAGUUGAAGUCAAGCACAGAACUUUUAAGAGGUGUCCAGUAUCUUUCAGCAUUAGAUCUCAAAUGAUCAAAGUAAGGUAAUUUAAAUUUUUAAAAUGUAUAGUUACAGAGAUCUUACAGCAGUUUUAAUUUGUAUCAUUAAACAGUUUUGCAUUGUGCUUAAAGGCAUUAAACUAUUAAACAUG